GUGGUUAUAGAAAAUCAUAUCAUGCGAAUUGCACGAGUUGCAAGCCUCAGGAAGAAAAAGACUUAAUAAGUGACCUCGACCAGCACUUUGCGUUCCUCUUGCACAUCAGUCAGUGAGCGGUCUCGAGCAAUCUGUCCUUGCAUUCCACCAGCGUUUGUCUCAUCCUAUAGCUGUAGCAACUUGCUCAAUCACCACCACAAUGGACUAUUCCAAGGGUCGUUAUUCCUUCCAAACCACCUCCUCGACCCGGUCGUCGCCAUGCUCCGUCUCCCAAGCACGGCAACUAGCAUACCAAAUAGGGACCAUGUCCAGGUCCAAGAUCCAGAAAGAAGCGGCCAAGACUGUCCCCCACCUCCACAGACUCGUCUGCCACGCCGCAGUAUAUGACAACGCGGCCAAGUUCAUCAUCGACCACAUGCAUGACUACAGCCCGGAGAUCGAGCAGUCUCCACUGGCGACCAUUGAGGAGAUCGAAGACGUGGACGACGACUUCACCCUCGACGACAUUGUCGACAUUGUCCCCGAGGACGACGACGACGACAUCGAGCCGGCCCUGCAAACCGCCCAGGUUGCUUCUUUCAACGGCUACGCGCAGCUCAAGUCCCCGCGACUGUGCGGCGUCGUGGUGACGACAACGGUGGUGGGCUCGCGAGACAGCCACUGGGAAGACGUCGAGAGCGACUCGAGCAGCACCGAGUCGGACGACGACUUCGACUUCGACUUCCAAUACGACUACGACUGCGACUUCGACGGCGGCAUGGAGUCGGCCUACCACUACCGGCAAUACGAGAAGCAGUCCGACUGGAACUGCGCGCGCGCCUGCGCCCACCCGCCCGUCCCGACCUACAACCACAGCGACGACGACCAGCUGCUGUGGUCCCAGCAGCCGCGCGUCUGGUCUCGACAGCAAGAGGCCCAUCUGUUUGUGGAGGCCUUCGGUUGAGAUCGCGCUUACGACAUUUUUCUUUGUGAUUUGUUGCUUCCUCUGCAAAGCUCCCGUUCUUUGUAGGGUUCGCCCACGAUCGGUCGAGCAAACUGAGCGUUUUAGUGUGGUUUUUUUUGUUUGGUCUACAUUAUGACCCAGGUUUCAAUGUUCCGCCUCGCUACUUGCUAGAGGCGUGGAUCACGAGGUGGAGUGCCACGGGGCGCAAUAACGAGUAUAUCAGGCAGCUGUGAGGAUGGCAGUUGUCAAAGGGUCACCAGUCACACAGUCACCCUUGGAUGUUUGUAUGAUACCCUCUUAGUUUCAAAGAUGAAGAAGUCGCCAAAAAAAUCAUGAAAAACUAUUCAAAUAUCAA